AUGCGUUUCCGCCAAACCAAACUCGAAAACUACACGCAGCAUGCACGAGAUCCAGACCACGGCUCGAUGGCCGCUGAUAUAUACCAUUUGGAUGAGCGCGGAGAGCGUUUCAUAAUCAGGCUGCCCAAGGGUCCCCAGACGAACAAGAAUCGACCGAAUAAUCUUCAAGAUGCCGAGCGAAAGAGGAAUUUGGCAGGUGGCCCCUCCGCAGAGGAGCUCCGAAGCUCCAAGCGAGUUCGGCUGGACCAAGACGACCAGGAGGCUCCGGGUUCCCCUCAAUCUAUUCGUCAAAAUAUGGCAUCACGACUCCCAGCGGAGGCAUGGCACCAUGUUUUUACCUUUGUUCCACCACGUACCCUGGGUAGCUUGAUGUUAGUGAACAAACAGUUCAACAGUUACCUCGACCCUUCGUCUGGCUUCAAGUCAACACGUGUUCUCGGCACCUCUGACACCCGCAGUCUCCCGAGGUUAGAAUCUGAUGCCAUAUGGCAGGCAUCACGACGUCUGUUCUGGCCGCGGAUGCCAGCGGCUUUGGAAGGCAGAUCAGAAUUGGAAAUGUGGCGCCUUUGCUGCUCACGAGUUUGCCAGUUUUGCAAGUUUCGUGAUGAUUCCGCCGCCGAUAUCUCAGGGGACCAGUGGAGGCGAGGGCCUGGCGCCAAGGGUGUCUCUCCCGUGUUUCCCUUCUUUAUUGUGUCGUGUGGUCGGUGCCUUAGGGCCAAGAGUACUACGGAGAUUGAUCUACUUCUAAACUCGUCCACACCAUCUGCGCUACUCCCCGGGCUGCCAAUGGUCUUUUUAAGCCAGGAGAAUCAUGUUGUACCUCCCCACGUACUAGUCUCUACCACAAGCUUAUCACAUGCCCAGCCUAUAAAGGUGUUUUGGAAUGAGCAAAUUGAAAAUAUCAAAUCUGCAUUUGAAGAUGCCAAGGGACUUGGUCCCGCUGCUGCAGAGGAAUGGAUCAAAGGCCUUGGGCAGGAGGGUAAACGCUGUCUGGCUGAUGUUGCUCGAUGGGAAAGAUGGCAUAUUGCUGGCGGCGUGUAUGAAAUGCACAGACUGAGCCCCAGAUCUUGCGUCCAGACUGCUGCCAAUAACCAAGAAUUGACUACUAGGCGUUCGCCGGACUCUGGACGCCUGGCUAUAACAGCCAACAAAUCGGUUGAGAUGAAGCCUGCAAAGGCUCGCACUAAUGGUGAGCACAGAGAAGAUUUGCCCGUGCAUCAUGACUGUCUUCCAGCCUCGGGACUUACAGAUCUACCAGCUCAAGAAAAUGCUCCAGUCGAGUCGGCUCAGACCACCUCCAUUGAGGAUAUGACAGUAUCUGACUGCAAAUCGAAGCCAACAAGUGAGGAAGCAGAGAUACUCAAGGCUGCAAGACGAGAUGAAAUUGAGCGGCGGGCAAAAACCUUAAAGCCGCCAAUUCUACCGAAUGUUCUUGCACAUAUGCCGGCCUUCCAUGAGGCUCUUCAAUCAACCAAGCCGCUAAAUGCGAAAGCUUGGCAGGUUCUGAGACCGCGUUUCCUGCUGCAGCGAAAGGAAGCAGAGAUCAAAGAACGAGAACUUCAAGCCAAUAAACGCAAAAAGAGAAAGAAAAAGAAGCCCAAGCAUCUAAAGAAAAUUGUGUCGAGUACCCAUUCUUCAGACGGAGUCCUGGUUGCGGCGGAUCCUCAUGGUCCUCGGGGUGUUGCCAUAGGGACGAAUGCCGAUUGGGAUCAAGCUCAGGGACUCUUGCGAGGCCAAAUAUCUGAAUUUGCCGAUGAAAUCAUCCAAAAUGAGUGGCGUAUCAAAACGGUGACCGAGGAGAACGCCCCUCAAUUUGCGGCAGACAUUCUUCUUUACGUCCGCAACAAAUUUUACGCGAAAAUUGCGAAUGAUGUCAAAGCAGACAAAGCUUCAGGGAUCGAACCACCAGAAGGACCUUGGACCCAGAAGCUCACUUUGGAGGACAUGAAAUGGGUUUUUGACGAGAAAAUCAAACCCUACACCAAUGCCGUCCGUAAGAAUGUCUUUCGUUGCAAUGGCUGUGCAAGAAGCAAAAAGUUCUAUAAAUUAUAUGGCGUGCUGUGGCACUAUGCCUCCAAUCAUACAAAAGCCUUGAGUCUGGGUAACUUGGUUAUACAUUGGAGAGCGGAAUGGCCAAAGAAGCCCGUCUUUAAAGCUGAUUCACAGCGUUUUGCUGAAUUUAGGGCAGAAGCGAAGACAGAGCCUUCGGAUAAUUCUCUCCUCCGCAUCCCUGAACUGCCACAGUCGGUGACAGCGCAGCCUGGCUUGGAGUAUAGCCCGUAUACCCCGGAUCUGGGUAUGAGUUUGUCUACAAACCACGGGACAGACGUCCAAUCUGCGAAAGCUCCGACUCCAAAUUUAGAAUACCUGGAUCAUAUUGUCAUGGUAGCCAAGAAGACUUGGCGGAAAUUGGCGAAGGUUAAGGGGCUCCAGAAUUCUGUAAGAGUGUGUGCUGUCAUCCACCAUAUAGCAAAAUCUUUCCAGACCAAGCAUUCUGAGGCAGCGCCCUUGAAAUUGUUCAUCAGGGCGCUUAAAACUCACAACUCUAUGAGUCAACUUGGCUCUGUUCCUGGCCUCUCAUGUAAGCCUUGUAAACAGAACUCUCAUUCGAGUCUUAAGUCCAAGGACUACACACUGGUCAAACUCUCAAGGCAUUUCGAUAGGACGCAUAGCAACCAAGUGGUGUCAUCCAUUGAUAAGCCACUCGACUGGCAGGACAUGAUUUGGCUUCCUGAAACAUCAACCUUGACGAACUUACGAAGUGUAAUAGGCGAUGACAAGGAGGUUCUCGACGUGGUUUCAGAUGCCCUGCCGUGGGCGUUUGAGACUCCCGGCUGUGGCCAUGGAGCUGGACGGAACGACAAUAGCUACGCUGCUGUUAGUCGAUCACCAAAAACGGAGUGGCAGCAGCCAUCAGCAUUGGCUGAGGUAACCUUCAGAUGCAGCAACCAGCGUUCUGCGGUCCCUUGCCUGGAACUCGAUGGAUUUGAAGUUAUUGAGCAGCCCGCUGUGUGGUCGAGGCGACAUGAUCGCAUACAUGAUGAAUCCCACACCAGGCUGCCGCAACAUGGGAUUCCACCACCACCAUCGACCCCCAGGCACAUGGAGUACCGAAGAACCUGUGUCAACCAGCAAGGAUAUACAAAGCCCGUCCAGACCAUAUCUGCAAUGAGCAGCCGCUACAACACCCACUUGGGCAAUGGCUAUGAAAACGACCACACCCAUGUGCGCAGGCAGGCACAUCACAUUCCAUACCCUCAGUACGAAAGCCACGCACUCGAAUUGUACGAAAUAGUAGAAGUAUUCGACCCCUACGGCAGCUACUUCAUCAAAAGACCAGUUCGGCCUCCCUCCCAACGAGAAAUGCACUACGAAGACCGCCCUCAACUAUGCGCGGUCUCCAACGAGUUUCAGCGUCAGCACAACCAUGACAUCAGGAGUGGUGAGCGUACAAUGAGAAGCAACCCCAGAAGCCCGGAUUACGAGGAAUACGAUCCUCGAUUUCCAGCCGCUUCCUGGAGAGGCUAG